GAGGAGGUUGUGUGCACACGCUGCUCCUGAGAGAAGGUGCCGGGCUUGGGGGGUGGGCCUGGGGGCCGUCCCCAUCCCGGGGAUGGAGAGGGCCUGCCCAAGCUGGGGGGUUCCGGGGAGCUGGCCCUGGGAAUGGUGGUUUCCUGGUAACUGAGCCCCUGGCACUGUCCCAGUGAUUCAGCUGGGCCUUUCUGGACUGUCCUCAGAACUCUCUGUCCCUUUCUGGGUGCUCACCACACAGCUGCAAGCCAGUUGGCUGCAGCUUCUGGCUGGGCCUUUCUGGACUUCAGCUCUCAGCCCCUGCGUCCCCAUCUCUGAGACCCCCGCCCCCUACACCGGGCCUGGCGCCCCUUCCCUCCCCUGGGCCUCAGGCGCUGCCCCUGCACCCGCCUGCCCUGCAGGAUGCCCCAGCUGAGCCUGUCCUGGCUGGGCCUGGGGCCGGGGGCCGCCUCCCCGUGGCUGCUGCUGCUGCUGCUCGGGGCCUCCUGGCUCCUGGCCCACGUCCUGGCCUGGGCCUGCGCCUUCCACGCCACCUGCCGCCGCCUCCGCUGCUUCCCGCAGCCCCCCAAACGCAGCUGGUUCUGGGGGCACCAGGGCCUGAUUCCCCCCACAGAGCAGGGAAUGAAGGUGAUGACUCAGCUGGUGGCCACUUACCCCCAGGGCUUUGCGUCCUGGAUGGGCCCCGUGACACCCAUCAUGUUUUUGUGCCACCCUGACGCUAUCCGGUCUGUCCUCAACGCCUCAGCCGCCGUCGCACCCAAGGACGUGGUCUUCUACGGCUUCCUGAAGCCCUGGCUGGGGGACGGGCUCCUGCUCAGUGGAGGUGACAAGUGGAGCCGCCACCGCCGCAUGCUGACGCCCGCCUUCCACUUCAACAUCCUGAAGCCCUACGUGGAGAUUUUCAAAGACAGCGUGAACAUCAUGCUCGCCAAGUGGCAGCGCCUGGCCUCGGAGGGCAGCGCCCGUCUGGACAUGUUCGAGCACAUCAGCCUCAUGACCUUGGACAGUCUGCAGAAAUGCGUCUUCAGCUUCGACAGCCACUGCCAGGAGAAGCCCAGUGAGUACAUCGCCGCCAUCCUGGAGCUCAGCGCCCUGAUCGAAAAAAGGAACCAGCAGUUCCUGGUGCACACGGACUUCCUGUACUCUCUCACCCGCGACGGGCGGCGCUUCCGCCAGGCCUGCCGCCUGGUGCACGACUUCACGGACGCCGUCAUCAAGGAGCGGCGCAGCACCCUCCCCGGCCAGGGCGGCGACGACUCCCUCAAGGCCAAGGCCAAGGCCAAGACUCUGGACUUCAUCGACGUGCUCCUGCUGAGCAAGGAUGAAGACGGGAAGGAGCUAUCAGAUGAAGACAUAAGAGCGGAGGCUGACACCUUCAUGUUUGAGGGCCACGACACCACGGCCAGUGGUCUCUCCUGGGUCCUGUACCACCUCGCGAGGCACCCGGAGCACCAGGAGCGCUGCCGGCAGGAGGUGCGGGAGCUGCUGAGGGGCCGUGAGCCUGAAGAGAUUGAGUGGGACGACCUGGCCCAGCUGCCCUUCCUGACCAUGUGCAUUAAGGAGAGUCUACGGUUGCAUCCUGCAGUCCCAAUAAUCUCCCGUCGCUGCACCCAGGACAUUGUGUUCCAGGAUGGCCGGGUCAUCCCCAAAGGUGUCAUCUGCCUCAUCAGCAUUUUCGGGACCCAUCACAACCCAGCUGUGUGGCCGGACCCCGAGGUGUAUGACCCCUCCCGCUUCGACCCAGAAAACGCCAAGGAGCGGUCGCCUCUGGCUUUUGUUCCCUUCUCGGCAGGGCCCAGGAACUGCAUCGGGCAGACCUUCGCCAUGACCGAGAUGAAGGUGGUCCUGGCGCUCACGCUGCUGCGCUUCCGCGUCCUGCCCGACAAGGUGCAGACGGAGCCGCGCAGGAAGCCGGAGCUGGUCCUGCGCGCCGAGGGCGGCCUCUGGCUGCGGGUGGAGCCGCUGGGCGCGGGCGCGCGGUGACCCAGCCCUGCAGGCUUAACACGCACUGUGACCCCGCCACCUGCCUGUGCGGACUCCCAGCAAUAAAACUGCUGUCACCUGU